AACAAAAUACAGGUUUUGAAAAGCUUGCGUUCUUCUGUGGUUGAGAGUUGAGAAUCUAAAAAAAUGGAUAUUCGAGCGAUGAGCAUUGGGAGCCUCACGUCAUCGUGGAGAAAUCAAAAACCUCCGAAGCCCUGUUACUGUUCCAGCCGAGAUCCUCCUCCUCGGAGGCCACCGUCUCCUCAAAAUGGCGACGAUCGGAACAACAACGGCAAAGACAAAUCAUCAACAGAUUGGGAUAAGGCAUGGUCAAGUUUCAAAAAGCAAGGGAAAAAGAGCUUGUUUUCACAGUUUACCCCAAAUAAGUAUGUAAGCUGGAACCCUAGGCGAUCCAACUACCCAUUGUCUGAGGAAGUAGAUCCCAUUAAGAGGGCAGAAAGAUCAAAUUUAAGUCUAUGGACUAGUCCAGGUUUCACCCUUGGGGGUGCAAUUGUCAUUGUAACCGUUCUUCUUGUGUACACCAUUCUUUUUCCCGUCAAGUAGUUAAAUACAUACUCUAAGCAUUCAGCCUUCCAGUUUCAUAGGAGAGAGGUCUGAUGGCUGAUGCUGUACAUAACUCAUGUCUAUUCUCAUGGAGAUUACUCUGGUGGAAUGUCUAAAGUUGAAAGUUCAUGAAAUAUGUAUAUGUAAUGAUCGAUUUCCGCUCUUUCAGAAGUCA